UGUUUGCUUAUUCGCCUUUCUGUCAGUCCAGCACUCCUGCUUGUGGAGGGGUCGAAAAAACCAAGGGACCAAUACAAGUCCUAGCACCACACUUAAAACAAAGGUGCAACACAACGAAAAUCAAAAGAGCACGGCUAGACACGGCUAGUAGCAAGGAUGGAGAACGCGCACACGAAGUCGACGGCAGAAUGCCUGGCCUUCUUCGGGGUUAAGCUGGAAACCGGUCUCACCCCAGACCAAGUCAAGAGGAACCUGGCCAAGUAUGGCCCCAAUGCACUGCCAGCUGAGGAGGGUAAGACCACCUGGGAGCUGAUUGUGGAGCAGUUUGAGGAUCUGUUGGUCAGAAUCCUGCUGCUGGCUGCCUGCAUCUCUUUUGUGCUGGCUUGGUUUGAGGAAGGUGAGGAGACCGUCACUGCCUUUGUUGAGCCCUUCGUCAUCCUUCUCAUCCUUAUCGCUAAUGCUGUUGUUGGAGUGUGGCAGGAGCGUAAUGCUGAGGACGCCAUCGAAGCUCUGAAGGAGUACGAGCCUGAGAUGGGCAAAGUCUUCCGUACUGACAGGAAGAGCGUGCAGAAGAUCAAGGCCAAUGGGAUGGUUCCUGGUGAUAUUGUGGAGGUGUCCGUCGGUGACAAAGUCCCCGCUGACAUCAGGAUUGUUGCCAUCCGUUCCACCACCCUCCGCAUUGACCAGUCCAUUCUUACUGGUGAGUCCGUCAGUGUGAUUAAGCAUACUGACCCUGUCCCCGACCCCAGAGCUGUCAACCAGGACAAGAAGAACAUGCUUUUCUCUGGCACCAACGUCGCUGCUGGCAGAGCCAUUGGCGUGGUUGUGGCUACCGGUGUCGGCACUGAGAUUGGCAAGAUCCGCGACCAGAUGGUCGCCACCGAGCAAGAGAAGACCCCCCUGCAGGCCAAGCUGGACGAGUUCGGCGAGCAGCUGUCCAAGGUCAUCUCCCUGAUCUGUGUUGCCGUGUGGGCGAUCAACAUCGGCCACUUCAACGACCCCGUCCAUGGAGGUUCCUGGAUCCGUGGUGCCGUCUACUACUUCAAGAUCGCCAUUGCCCUGGCUGUGGCCGCCAUACCUGAGGGUCUGCCCGCUGUCAUCACUACCUGCCUGGCUCUCGGUACCCGCCGUAUGGCCAAGAAGAACGCCAUUGUCCGCUCUCUGCCCUCUGUGGAGACCCUGGGUUGCACCUCCGUCAUCUGCUCUGACAAGACCGGAACCCUGACCACCAACCAGAUGUGUGUGACUAAGAUGUUCAUCAUCAAGAAUGUUGAUGGCGACCAUGUCGACCUGGACAUGUUUGACAUCUCCGGCUCCAAGUACACCCCCGAGGGAGAGGUCUCCCAGGGAGGUGCUAAGACCACCUGCGGAUCCUAUGAUGGCCUUGUUGAGCUGGCAACCAUCAGCUCCCUGUGCAAUGACUCCUCUCUGGACUACAAUGAUUCCAAGAACAUCUAUGAGAAGGUGGGUGAGGCCACCGAGACUGCCAUGUGCUGCCUGGUUGAAAAGAUGAACGUGUUCAACUCCAAAGUUACAGGCCUCUCCAAGCCUGAUAGAGCCAAUGCCUGUUGUGCUGUGAUCAAGCAGCUGAUGAAGAAGGAAUUCACCCUGGAGUUCUCCCGUGACAGGAAAUCCAUGUCUGUGUACUGCACCCCCGUCAAGGGCGAUGGUGGAGCUAAGAUGUUUGUGAAGGGUGCCCCCGAGGGUGUGAUUGACAGAUGUGCCUAUGUUCGUGUUGGCACCACCCGUGUUCCCCUGACUGGUGCCGUCAAGGACAAGAUCUUGGCUGUGAUCAAGGAAUGGGGUUGCGGCCGCGAUACCCUGCGUUGCCUGGCCCUUGCCACCCGUGACACCCCCCUGAGGGUCGAGGAGAUGAAGCUUGAGGACGCCACCAAGUUCAUUGAUUACGAGACUGACCUGACCUUCGUUGGCUGCGUUGGUAUGCUGGAUCCCCCGCGUAAGGAGGUUACGCCCGCCAUUCAGUUGUGCAAAGCUGCUGGAAUCCGCGUCAUCAUGAUCACUGGUGACAACAAGGGAACCGCAGUGGCCAUCUGCCGUCGUAUUGGCAUCUUCACGGAGGAUGAGGAUGUGACUGGAAAGGCCUUCACUGGCCGUGAGUUCGACGACCUGCCCUCAUUUGAAAUGCAAAGCGAUGCUGUCAGAAACGCUAGCUGCUACGCCCGUGUGGAGCCCUCCCACAAAUCCAAGAUCGUUGGGUUUCUGCAGGGCCAAGACGAGAUUACCGCCAUGACCGGUGAUGGUGUGAACGAUGCCCCCGCCCUGAAGAAGGCCGAGAUCGGCAUCGCCAUGGGCUCUGGCACUGCCGUUGCCAAGUCUGCCUCUGAGAUGGUCCUGGCUGACGACAACUUCUCUUCCAUCGUGUCCGCCGUCGAGGAGGGCCGCGCCAUCUACAACAACAUGAAGCAGUUCAUCCGCUACCUCAUCUCCUCCAACGUUGGUGAGGUCGUCUGUAUCUUCCUGACUGCUGCCUUGGGUCUGCCCGAGGCUCUUAUCCCCGUCCAGCUGCUGUGGGUCAACCUGGUGACUGACGGUCUGCCCGCCACCGCCCUGGGCUUCAACCCCCCCGACCUGGACAUCAUGGGCCGCCGCCCCCGUUCCGCCAAGGAGCCCCUGAUCUCCGGCUGGCUGUUCUUCAGAUACAUGGUCAUUGGAGGAUAUGUCGGUGCUGCCACUGUCGCAGCUGCCGUCUGGUGGUUCAUGUACGAUCCCACCGGCCCCGGAGUCACCUUCCACCAGCUGUCCCACUUCAUGCAGUGCCACGACGAGAACGAAGACUUCACCGGCAUUACAUGCAAGGUGUUCGAGGCCGCUCCCCCUAUGACGAUGGCCCUGUCCGUGCUGGUCACCAUCGAGAUGUCCAACGCCCUCAACAGCUUGUCUGAGAACCAGUCUCUGGUGCGCAUGCCCCCAUGGAGCAACUUGUGGCUGGUUGGAGCCAUGGCUCUCUCCAUGUCCCUCCACUUCAUGAUCAUCUACGUCGACCCCCUGCCCAUGGUCUUCAAGUUGACUCACUUGAACCUGGAGCAGUGGUUGAUUGUCCUGAAACUUUCUUUCCCUGUCAUCCUGAUUGACGAGGUGUUGAAGUUUGUCGCCCGUAACUACCUGGAGAAAAAAUAGAAAUCUAGAAGAAGAGGAAUUAGAGAGGUGGAGAGAGGGAGGACGAGGAGGAGAAAAUUGAAAAAGAGGACGAUCACAACCGAUGAAAGAGGGGCUCUUGUGAGCCAACCAAUAGAAGAGAGGGGACAAAACAGGGAAAUCAACGAGAAAACCCCCCAAUUAAAAACAUCCACAUAAAACAACCUCUGUAUAUGGAAAGAGAUUAAAUUGGAUUGGGGUUCUACCCCACCAAAACAGUAUUAAAAUAUUUAAGAUUGUAUUCAUAGAAAUAAAGUAUGUAUUAAAAAUCAAUUUUUUGUUAAACUUG